UUGCUUAAUCGAAAAACCGAGCAAAAAUUAAAAAUUGAAUAAAUUUUAUAUUAUAUUUUUAAAUCGACGGACUGAAAUAUUAGAAUUGUGAGAGUUCAAUAGAAUUGUUGAGUUCCUGAUGGCAUAGUCCAGCUAAACUUCUCAUCGGACGGAAUGUCCUGCGCUAGUAGAAACGACGCUGUUUCAGCCCCGGAACUUACAAAUAUCUAAUCCAGAGAACCAAACCAAGGAUUCAAAAUCGGAAGAUGCGAUGCUCGACCUCUUUCUUCAAACGAAAAUCAGUUGGGAUGCUUAAGCUACUUCUCACUCUGAAAACAUUGGGACUUGUACCUCUCUCUCAUAGGGUUUAGCUUUCCCGUCUCCAAUGUCUGCACCUUCUCCGGCCCCCUUCGGCUCCCUACCCUCAACCACCACUCCUCCCACCUUCAUCUCACGCGCCACCAACAACGCCACUACCACUUUCUUCGCCAAGCGCCGCCCAUGGCUCCAGCUCAUCCAAUUCUCCUCCUUCACGCGUCCUUACUCCUUCGGCGAAGCAAUCGCACGCAUUAAGUUCAACCUUUUCUACUUUCGCGUCAAUUAUACGAUGAUCAUCCUCUUUAUUCUCUUUCUCAGCCUUCUGUGGCAUCCAUUGUCCAUGAUUGUCUUCUUAAUCGUCUUCGUCGCCUGGUUUUUCCUCUACUUUUUCCGCGACGAGCCCCUUGUUAUUCUCCACCGCACGAUUGAUGAUCGUGUGGUGCUAGGCGUGCUCGCGGUUGUCACUAUUGUGGCCUUGGUUUUGACGCGCGUGUGGUUGAACGUUUUGGUUUCCAUAUUGAUUGGGCUUGCAGUUGUUGUCUUACACGCUGCAAUUAGAGGAACGGACGAUUUGUAUUUGGAUGAGCAAGAUGUGGGAGAUGGAAGGUUGUUUUCGGUCGUGGGGAGCCCCACGAACACUGGGUACUCUCGCAUUUAAGAUUGUCGUUAAAAGGUGCUCUUAAUAUUCUUCCCCCAUGUGAGGAAAAGUCUUUGAAGUGAGAGAAAUUGAUAAAGGAAAGGAUGGAGAGCAAGCAUUAUUGCUGUUUCUGGCCAUGCAAAGCCAGUGUUUUGCCUUGAAUGUUACUCCUUGUCUGGAGACUUUGAAAGCUGGUUUCCCAAUGGGCCUUCCUUUCCCGGUACGUUUAAAAGGAGUUUCUGAUUCCAUGCUUGUCUUUUGUUUUAUUUCAAGGAUGGUUCAGAUAAGUCUCGUUAAUCUAAAUGCGUGGUCUGGAAUCUUUUGAGAUUACGUAAGAUCAUCAAGUUUUGCCAAUGAUGAUGGUCAUAGUUUUUGUUUUGGUUUGAUCGUUUUUUAGUACUCCAUUCAUGUAUACUGCUUGGUAUUGUGGAUUUGAUUAAAGUUUUUAUUAUUUAAGUAGAAAAGGUCUCUUAUAGAAUUGCAUUUUGAUUGCGAAUAUAAAUUUGCAACAACAGUUGUUCCAAAAGGAGUCUGUGAAGUCGAAUGUGAUAACUUUACAUGUCAUUGUAAAAUUCUGAUUUAUUCUUUGGCUCACAGUACUCAACCAAGGGCGCAACGUCUUCUAGUUAAAUUAAGGUGUUAUGAAUUUUAUUUCUUUUUCUAGGUUGAUUAUAUUCUGCUUGCUAAGUUUUAUACAUCUACUAAUUCUUGUGAUAAAGUUUUAGCUUUUAACAGCUCUGUGGUUCUUUUAAAUCAUGAUACGUUUUGUAUGGGCUACAUGUAUAUGUUUGGUGCCUAUCCCACAUUAUUGAUUAGGAGCUGGAUAUCUUUUAGUUUGAGAUGGUUUGGUAAUAUGUUCAAUUGUCCCUUUGUGCAGCUCUUUAGUUCUGAUUUUACUCCAACUGUACACGUUUCAGUCAUGUUUGGUUUGUUCUAGAAAUGAAAAUGAAAUGUAAUUUAUGAAAUAAAAUUUUGUUUCCUAUUUAGUUAUUUUGGAAAUAAACUGGGAAUAGUAUUUUAAUUUUCAAA